GGGGGCUUAGAGGGAGAAAUUGGGGGCUUAGAGGGAGAAAGUGAAAGAAAAAAUAGAGAUUUGGUAGAGAGAGCGAGAUAGAGAGAGACUGAUAUAGGUUUAGAGAGAGAAAGUGAGGGAUUUGUAGAGGGAGGAAAGAGAUUGGUACACUUGCUGUCGUUUGCCUUCGAGCCUCUUUCCCGUCCCGUUUUUGCCCUCUCGAACGCUUCGAAGGUUGAGAGAGAGAGAAAUAAAAACUAACUUUUCAUCAUUCUGUGAUAUAAAUUUCUCGGAAAAUUUCGGCCUUUUCGAAUCCAAUUAGAGGGCCUGAGCUAGGGUUUCGAUUGUCAGUAUUAUAACCCGUGUCUUUUUCGAAUUUUCUGAAGGCGAGAGUUUGCAAUUCGAAGUGAUUGGAUAGUAUGUUGAUCAGAAAUGCGAAUCUGUGAGAAUUUCAUCUCCGAUCUCGAUAUUAAAGUUGCAAUUGAAGGCUUCAAGAGAUGGAUGUUGAUUCUUCAAUGGGGUCGGAGUCCGAUCACGACACGACUGCCGAGAACCAAAACGGUGCUGCGUCCGAGGAGCUCGGAGGGCCCGAGCAGUCUCCUGCAGCUUCUGGAUCUCCACAGCAGCUACCAACUCCGCCGCAGCAGACGCCUCCUCCGGUGCAGCAGAGCCCCGUAGCGGGGCCCAGGCCGGCGCCAACUUACUCGGUGGUGAACGAAGUGAUAGAGAAGAAGGAGGACGGUCCAGGUCCAAGGUGUGGUCACACGCUGACGGCUAUAGCUGCGGUCGGGGAGGACGGGACGCCCGGUUACAUUGGGCCGCGGUUGAUUCUCUUUGGUGGCGCCACUGCUCUGGAGGGCAAUUCCGCAGCUUCAGGAACUCCAACCUCAGCUGGAAGUGCCGGCAUACGAUUAGCUGGAGCAACAGCUGACGUGCACUGCUAUGAUGUGAUGACAAAUAAAUGGUCUAGAAUUACUCCCUUUGGAGAACCACCCACACCGAGGGCAGCACAUGUGGCUACUGCUGUGGGUACUAUGGUGGUUAUUCAGGGUGGAAUUGGUCCAGCUGGUCUGUCUGCUGAGGAUCUCCACGUUCUUGAUCUUACACAGCAACGACCACGAUGGCAUAGGGUUGUGGUCCAAGGCCCUGGACCAGGGCCACGUUAUGGGCAUGUCAUGGCUCUGGUAGGGCAAAGAUAUCUCAUGGCAAUUGGUGGAAAUGAUGGAAAGCGACCUUUGGCUGAUGUAUGGGCGCUGGAUACAGCUGCCAAGCCUUAUGAAUGGCGAAAACUGGAACCAGAAGGAGAAGGUCCACCUCCAUGCAUGUAUGCAACUGCAAGCGCACGCUCUGAUGGUCUUCUUCUGCUUUGUGGAGGGAGGGAUGCUAAUAGUGUGCCACUGCCAAGUGCAUAUGGACUUGCUAAACAUAGAGAUGGUCGUUGGGAAUGGGCAAUUGCUCCUGGUGUCUCACCAUCUCCUAGAUAUCAACAUGCAGCAGUUUUUGUUAAUGCACGACUUCAUGUAUCGGGAGGGGCACUUGGUGGUGGACGCAUGGUGGAGGACUCAUCAAGUGUUGCAGUUCUUGAUACUGCAGCAGGAGUUUGGUGUGAUACAAAAUCUGUUGUUACAAGUCCCAGGACAGGUAGAUACAGUGCUGACGCUGCUGGUGGAGAUGCUGCAGUUGAACUGACUAGGCGCUGUAGGCAUGCAGCUGCUGCUGUUGGUGACUUGAUCUUUAUCUAUGGCGGUCUACGUGGAGGGGUGUUGCUUGAUGACCUACUAGUUGCUGAAGAUCUGGCUGCUGCUGAAACGACAAGUGCAGCUUCGCAUGCUGCAGCUGCAGCUGCUUCAUCCAAUUUACAGGCAGGGAGAUUACCUGGAAGGUAUGGUGGGUUUGUUGAUGAAAGAACAAGGCAAACAAUUCCCGAAACAGCCCCUGAUGGCGCAGUUGUGUUGGGAAGUCCCGUUGCACCCCCAAUAAAUGGUGACAUGUAUACUGAUAUAAGCACCGAGAAUGCCAUGCUCCAGGGUUCCCGACUGAGCAAAGGUGUGGAGUACUUGGUCGAGGCAUCGGCAGCAGAAGCUGAGGCUAUUAGUGCAACAUUGGCUGCUGCCAAAGCACGACAAGUUAAUGGAGAAGUUGAACUGCCAGACAGGGAUCGUGGUGCAGAGGCUACCCCUAGUGGGAAACAGAUAUCUACUUUGAUUAAGCCUGAUUCUGCCGUCUCAAAUAACUCUGCUCCUGCUGGAGUUCGGCUGCAUCAUAGGGCUGUGGUUGUAGCUGCAGAGACUGGUGGAGCAUUAGGCGGCAUGGUCCGACAGCUUUCAAUCGAUCAAUUUGAAAAUGAAGGAAGGCGAGUCAGCUAUGGAACCCCAGAGAAUGCAACAGCUGCAAGGAAGCUUUUAGAUCGACAAAUGUCUAUCAAUAGUGUACCCAAAAAGGUAAUAGCUCAUCUUCUGAAACCGCGUGGUUGGAAACCUCCUGUUAGACGACAAUUUUUCUUGGAUUGCAAUGAAAUAGCAGAUCUUUGUGAUAGUGCUGAAAGGAUAUUUUCAAGCGAGCCUAGUGUCCUACAGCUCAGGGCUCCUAUCAAGAUAUUUGGUGAUUUGCAUGGGCAAUUUGGUGAUCUUAUGCGACUUUUUGAUGAGUAUGGGUCCCCUUCAACUGCUGGGGACAUAGCAUAUAUCGAUUAUCUCUUCUUAGGAGAUUAUGUUGAUCGAGGACAGCACAGCUUGGAAACUAUUAGUCUUCUUCUAGCUCUGAAGGUUGAAUACACCCACAAUGUACAUUUAAUUCGUGGGAAUCAUGAAGCUGCAGAUAUCAAUGCCCUUUUUGGUUUUCGAAUAGAGUGCAUUGAGCGCAUGGGUGAGAGAGAUGGAAUCUGGGUAUGGCAUCGGAUAAACAGAUUGUUCAACUGGCUUCCUCUGGCAGCUCUAAUUGAGAAAAAAAUCAUUUGCAUGCAUGGUGGUAUUGGAAGGUCAAUAAAUCAUGUGGAACAAAUUGAGAAUCUACAGCGUCCAAUUACGAUGGAAGCAGGCUCAAUUGUUCUCAUGGAUUUAUUAUGGUCUGACCCAACGGAAAAUGACAGUGUGGAAGGAUUACGCCCAAAUGCUAGGGGUCCCGGGUUGGUUACUUUUGGGCCUGAUCGCGUGAUGGAAUUCUGCAACAACAAUGAUCUUCAAUUGAUUGUACGUGCUCAUGAAUGUGUGAUGGACGGUUUUGAGCGUUUUGCGCAGGGACAUUUAAUUACUCUUUUCUCAGCCACCAACUAUUGUGGUACUGCAAAUAAUGCAGGUGCAAUAUUAGUUUUGGGUAGAGAUCUUGUAGUUGUUCCAAAACUCAUUCAUCCAUUGCCACCGGCAAGUUCAUCGCCAGAAGCAUCACCCGAACGCCAUAUAGAAGAUACAUGGAUGCAGGAGCUUAAUGCAAACAGACCACCAACGCCAACUAGAGGUCGUCCUCAAGUUGCUAACGAUCGAGGUUCUCUUGCUUGGAUUUAGUAGCUCUCAGAUUCUUUCAUAUAUACUCUUACCAGGCUCAUGCUACUACCACCUGGGAUUUCUGGUAUUUCUGUACAUAGCAUGAUGCCGUGUGAAGGAUUUCCUGAACUUCAUGUUGGAGUUUUGGAGGCAUUUGAGAGCAUUCGUCAAAUGAUUGGUAGGCCUUCAGACGAUGAAGAUUCGAGUUCAAGGCCAAGUUGCAGGCGGUGGGUAGGUUUACUGUAUCCGCUGUGCCAAACGCAGUUCGGGUUCUCCAAAUAUUGCACUUUGUACAUUGAGCCACAUGCAGUUAGAACUUCCCUUGCUUGUUUUUGUCUUUUGAUGAGUGGUGCCGGGUAUUUUCUCACUAGUUCUUACACAUUUUUUAUUCCUUGUUAAGUUUUAAAUUUUUCCCCUUUAGUUUUUUUUCACUUAAAUCGAGGGCUUGAGGUCCUUAUAUUUAUUUGAUCGGUGAGAUAUGUAAUAUGUUAAAAUCUUCUUGGUUCAUGUAUCAUAAAAAGGCAUUGCUUUGUGUA